GAUUUUGGCGAGUACUUCGACUUUGACGUACGGCAAGUGAACAGCGACGUGGAGUUUUCUCACGCGACAGGAAUAUUCAAAGUGUUUUAUUAGCAAUAUUAUUCUUCUUUGAACGAACGAAUAGUGAUCAUGGAGAACCUGUACCCGAAUCUUCACGAAAAAUUCAAGAACGAAGGUGUGUGCCCUAUUUGCAUGAUGGAGAUAAAUAGUUCAUCCAAAUACUCGUGCACAAACGGACACAUUGUUUGUCACCGGUGUAAGCCUUAUUACUACUGUUGCCCAACAUGUCGAUCAGAACUGAAUAUUGACGCGUCAUCUCAAGAAUUCACCCAUGAAUUUUACAUGCCACCAGCUAUGCACUACAUGCCACAUCCUUAUCCAGCAUAUUCUUCCAACCCGAGGCCAUCUGCACCAUUUAUUGAUAACGAACGUCAUCAUUGGAGCCCUCCACCUCCAACGGAAGACCAAGAACUUCUUCCUUGUCAAUAUUCAUAUCUGGGCUGCUACGCCAAUAUUCCCGAGCACCUCAGAGAUUUACAUGAAUCAAGAUGCCAAUUUCGUCCGUAUCUAGAAGAAGAACAUCUUCCGACUGACCUAAAUACAGACGAGGGUGAGUUGGAAAGCUGUAGAUACAGCGUUGUCGGCUGCAACGUAAGAUUGCCAGAAUGGCGAAAGCAAGUGCAUGAAAACUUGUGUAUAUACAAAGAUCGACUGGAUGCGCUGGAUGACAUCCAACGCGACUUAGAUUCCUUUCAUUUUGAAGAUGGUGAUCCUGAAGAAAUGGUUGAGUGCAAGUUCAAUCGGUACGGUUGCAUGGUGAAGAUGCCGAGACGCAGGAAGAAUAUGCAUCAAAUGAAAUGCAACUAUCAGAAGUAUCAUAACGAAAAUGACGAUGAAGAUUUUUCUGAGUGCAGUAUAAGCUGCGCUGAACCUGAAGUUGAUCCUGAUUCACAUGUUCCCUGUCGGUGGGCUGUUUAUGGGUGUCAAGUUGAACCACGGUACUGCAGGAAACUGACUCAUGAAGAAAAAUGCAACUAUCGUAGAGAGAAAUGCAGAUUUGCUGAGCACGGUUGUGUAGAAAUGGUGGAACCGUGUAAGCGACCUCUUCAUGAAUCAAGUUGUAGUUACGCAUAAAAAUAGACAAGAUACUGUUUGAUAUUGAUUAAUGAAUUAUAGUUUUUAAUAGUUAAAAAUGUGGUUUAACAGAAAACUAAAGUUAAAAACAGAAAAUAAUAUUAAAUAAGAAUAAAGUAAUUAACUAAACAGUUCAUUUUACUGUAUUUAAUUACUAUAUUCUUAUUUUGAUUGGAAUUCAUUCGAAAUUUAUUUCUAUACUUAAUUUUUAAAAUUUUAAGUAUAUUUAAAACUAGAAGCGUUAGAUUGUAAUAUUUUAU